AUGGACCAUAGUUUUUUACCUCGUUCCCUCUGGACCAGUGAGGGUAAAUUCCUCCAGCAUCACGCGACAGACCUCUAUACCAGCGUGCACGUCACUCGCAACAUCCCUGCUGGGGCACAGUUCGGCCCGUGCGUCCUUCAGAAUACUUUCUAUGACACCAUUGCCUUCAUAGCGCUCAAAUCCUGCGACAAGAGAAGCAAAUCAUACGUGUUCAGGGCAAGUUCAUUUUAUAUUUAAUAACACAAUUUAACUUGCAACCUGGGAUACCACAGAGAAAAUGAACACAAUAGCCUUUGAUCUAUAUAUACAAGGGAGUGCACAAAUGCAUAAAAACAUAGGCUACUUAUAGGCUAAAUCAAAAUCGUAUUAAAAAACGUCAACAACAAAAUGGCAUGUUCUACAAUUAGAUAUUUGUGUUGGAGUAGCCUAAUACAUUUUCAUUGCCAUCCAUAUAGGCUACCCAUGGGAAAUGAUUGACCAUGCCAUUUGGUCGCAUUUACACCUUUACAAAUUCUAAUCAAUUCAGUGUUUUCACUAUAACUGAGGAGAGGCGAACCUCAUUUACAUUUUGACAAUGAUGUCUCUGUGAAUUAAUAUUAAUAAUGAUUUCUCUCAACAGGUGGACCCCGAGGCUAUGCGCAGCUCUGCUCUAGUGCUGUCCUGGCUGCGGCUGGUGCAGGCGGCGUGUGGCCGGGAGGAGCAGAACACCGAAGCGUUCCUGAAGGGAGGCCAGCUGUAUUUCCGGACCACCAGGGACAUACGUCAGGAAGAGGAACUGUUGGUGUGGUAUGACCAGGAGCUGUCACAUCUACUGGGCUUCACUGACAUCUCAACUAGAGGACAUAAUGAAGGUGAGAGAGAAAUAUACACUUGGGAAAGCGCUAUAGAAAUACAGCUCUUCGUCACCAUCCUAAUCUUCUUCAUCAUCAUCCUCAUUUCAACAUAUAGGCUUACUAAUGUUACCGUUGAUGUUGUUUGGUUGUUUCAGCAUUUUGCCGGGAGUUUUGUUGUAGCCUGCGUAAAUGCGAAAUGCGUAAUUGGAAACGACAAAAUGAAAAGGAAACGACAGAAACUAUCGUUAUUUGAUUAGUUUAUGUCUGACUUAAUUUUGCAACAAUGUGUUUUGUAAUGUACAUAUUAACGAACAAAUUGUAUAUCUCUUCACAGAGCUCAAAUGCGCAACAUGUAACCAGGUCUUCAAGAAUGAGCAUCCCUACUUGGCCCACUGCCGCUUCCUGUGCGCGCAGGUGAAGUAUGACGCGCUGAGCAGAGAGGCCUACGAACACAAACACAUGGAGAUAAAGCGGCAACGACGCGUCACAGACUUCCACAACAUCGCCAGGGAUCUGGAACAUAAAAGAUACGGCGCCAGCGAGGACGCUGAGAUUUCCCCGCGGAAAUGGAAACACGAGGAGACGGGUUAUCCCCGAUGGAGGAAACCGGUGCUACUGGAGAAAACCAACAUCUCGAACAACAACAACAUCACACAGAUAAGCAGAGACUACCGCCUAACUGCGCCAGAGUCAACUGGCUCUUCCUUGAAACUGAAGGCAGAGAAGUACCAGCUCAAUAAGGACCACGUGGAAUGUAAAAAUAGUGCGUUUACAGAGGUUGGAGCAACGAAAAUGAGUUUUACGCACGAGAAAGAAAAGCCAACGGAGGCUGAUUCUGAGACAGUGCGGGAGAUGAGCUCUGAUUUAAACUCAAACAGCAACAGCAGUGCCUUUUCAUUCGUUCUGCGCAGUGGACAGGAGGAGCAGAAAAGCGCUUUCUGUAAACCCUGUAAAAGGACGUCUAACGGCUCUACAGCGCACCCAUCCAACACAUUACCUGCUCCAUCGACCCGCCUAGAGGACGUGAGAGACGUUUUUACCUCAAAGACUGUUCUGGGAUACAACAAUCUGUUGGCAUCUAAUAUGAAUGGUGAUUUAUCUCGCGCACAGACCCUACCCACACCGGUUACUGGAAACGCUUUCCCCUACGCGCCAGAGCACUGGUCCAGGAGCAUUGGAGACCAACUACAAACCACGUCGUCUUUAACCAUUCUUCCACCAACGUUUACCACCAUUGGGGUGUCAGUGCAAAACUGGUGCGCCAAGUGUAACCUCUCCUUCCGCAUGACGUCUGACCUAGUGUUACACAUGCGCUCGCACCACAAGAAGGAGUUCGCGGCGGAGUCCCAGGUGAGGAGGAGGCGAGAGGAGAAACUCACCUGCCCUAUCUGUCACGAGUUCUUCCGGGAACGGCACCACCUUUCACGCCAUAUGACGUCGCACAAUUAA